AUGGUGCUGUUAAUCCAACACUGCUUCUUCUUCGCUUCCUUUACAACUACUGUUACUACUAGUGCUGGUAGCUAUUACAAUAAUGAUGAACAUGAUGCAGCAGCUCUCCUCCAACUGAAAACCCACAUCCUCACCAACUCUUCUUCCGAUCAUCCUCUCUCCGGCAACUGGACCGCGGCGGCGGCAUCCCAAGUCUGUAGCAGCUGGGUCGGCGUCUCAUGCGGGCGUCGCCACAGGAGAGUGACCUCCUUGAAUCUGUCCAACAUGGGGCUGCAGGGGACUCUGCCUCCCCACCUCGGCAACCUAUCCUUCUUGCUCUCCCUCGACCUCAGCGGCAAUCUCUUCCAUGGGAAUUUGCCGAUGGAGCUGUCUAAGUUGAGAAGAUUGAAGAUCAUCAACUUUUCUAAUAACCAGUUCGGAGGCAACAUCCCACCGUCGCUUGGGGAUCUUGGUGGUUUAAGGGUGCUGGAUUUGGAGUACAACCGGCUUUCAGGCGGCAUACCAACGUCAAUCUUCAACAUUUCUUCCCUGGAGAAAUUGAUAUUGGCACAUAAUCGUUUGUCCGGAAGCCUACCCGAUGAUAUGUGUAUUCAGAUUGGAAAAAUCGAGGUGCUCAGUGUGUUUCGCAAUGCUUUGACAGGACAAAUUCCAUCCCGAUUGGGGCGUUGUGGCAAUCUUCGGGGCCUGUCGUUCGCCGGUAAUUGGUUUACCGGACCGAUCCCAAAGAGUAUCGGGAAUUUGACUGCACUCAGAUUUCUGUCCUUGGGGGAAACCAACUUAACAGGUGGGAUACCAUCUGAAAUAGGCAACUUUAGGAGAUUGGAGACACUUUGGCUGUGGCAUGCUGGCCUUUCUGGUUCAAUUCCAUCUGCGAUAUUCAAUGUCACUACUCUUCAAGACUUGCGUUUGCUUGAUAACCAACUGCACGGCGCGAUUCCUACGAGUAUUGGAGAUUGUGCAAGGCUGCAGAUUGUAGGGUUGUCUACUAACCAGUUCUCUGGAAGCAUUCCAGCAACAAUUGGGAAUUGCACCAUGCUCAGAGAAUUAUUUGUGGGCAAAACUAAUUUGACAGGUGAAAUUCCCAUUGAAUUAGGUUAUCUAAAUGCUCUGGAAAAACUCGUCAUGCGUGACAACAAGCUCAGUGGGUCAAUCCCGAACACCAUAUUCAACAUUUCCUCCUUAAAGGUGAUAGAGUUUUCUUUCAAUGAACUAUCAGGAGAUCUCCCAAUAACUACAUUGGGCUCACAACUUACCAAUCUUGAAUGGCUUGGUGUAAGCAGUAACAACCUCAGUGGAAGCAUCCCACCAUCAAUCUCCAAUGCCUCUAAGCUUUGGGUUCUGGAGCUAUCUAACAACACAUUCAGCGGUCGUGUUCCUGAUGCCCUUAGCAAUCUGCAAUCUAUCCAAUGGUUUCACAUAUGGGGCAACAGAGAUCUCGUUGUUCCUCCUUCCUUCCUCACUUCUCUGACGAGGUGCGCUCAUCUGGAAGUACUAGACUUUUCAUCCACUCUGUUUGAGGCUGCACUUCCAAGCUCCAUAGGCAACCUCUCCUCGUCCAUGGAACAGUUUGUAGCACUAAACUGCGGGUUGAAGGGCAACAUUCCAGAUGCAGUUGGUAACUUGAGCAACUUAGUGAGGCUCGAGCUCUCAUCCAAUCAAUUAAGUGGAUCCAUUCCGCGAGCGAUGCAACGAUUGAGGAUGCUCCAGGGUUUGAAUCUUGCAGACAAUGAGUUGCAGGGACCCAUUCCCAAUGACCUUUGUGAGUUGCAAGCAUUAGUGGAGCUAUCCUUGAGUGGCAACAACCUUUCUCAACAAAUUCCAGGGUGCUUAGUCAAGCUGACUUCUCUGCAACUAUUGUACUUGCAAUUCAACAAGUUGGGCUCUGCGAUACCUUCUUCAUUUUGGAAUCAUAGCUCUUUGAUAACAUUGAGCAUGGAGGGAAACUUUCUAACUGGUCAUCUUCCUCCACAGAUCAGCAACUUGAAAGCCAUGGUUGAGAUGCGCUUAUCAAGGAAUCGUUUGUCAGGUGACAUUCCCGCAACUAUUGGAGGUCUUACAAAUUUACAAUACUUGUAUAUGGAUCAAAACAAUUUCCAAGGCCCCAUUCCUGAUACUCUUGCCAGCAUCUUCACUUUGAAAUCCUUGGAUCUCUCGUCCAAUAAUCUCUCCAGCGCUAUCCCGAAAUCCUUGGAGUCACUGAGGGAUCUGCAAUAUUUCAAUGUAUCACAUAAUCAGUUAUGGGGAGAAAUACCCAGUAGAGGCGCGUUUGAACAACUUUCCUCGGAUUCAUUUAAGGGGAAUCCUGCAUUAUGUGGGUUACCCAAGUUUGGAGUUCCGUCGUGUCCUCGACCCAGGGAAAAGAAACUUGGCCAUAAGCACUCAAGAAAGUUACUUAUUGCACUCAUUCUCUUCCUAGUGGUUGUUGCUAUUGCUGCUCUAUUUGUGGUGAUAUUUUGUUGGCGGAAAAGGAAAGUAGAUGAAAGAAGCAAUGCGAGAGAAGAAUCACCUUUGAUUAAAUGGAAACGAGUUUCCUUGCUUGAGCUUCAGAGAGCAACUAAUGGAUUUGAUGAUAGCAACUUGUUGGGAAAAGGAAGCUUUGGUCGUGUGUAUAAAGGGGAGUUAGCAGACGGAACCGAUGUAGCUGUGAAGGUGUUCAAUGAUUUGAAGGAAGAAGAAGCCAAUGAGGUUACGAUUGAUGUUCAUCACGAAUGUGAGAUUUUGUGCAAUCUUCGCCACAGAAAUCUGAUCAAAAUUGUUAGCACCUGUUACGCAAUCGAUUUCAAGGCAUUAGUGCUGGAAUUCAUGCCAAAUGGAAGCUUGGAGAAGUGGCUAUAUUCUCACAACUACUUCUUAGACAUCUUACAGAGGUUGAACAUUGUGAUAGAUGUUGCAUCUGCUCUCGAAUAUCUCCAUCACGGUUAUUCGGUUUCUAUUGUUCACUGUGAUUUGAAGCCCGAGAACGUGUUGUUGGACGGAGAUCUAGUUGCUCGUCUAAGUGAUUUUGGCAUUUCCAAGUUGCUAGGUGGCAUUGAUUCCAUCACCCGGACAUUAACGUUGGGCACAGUUGGAUACAUAGCACCAGAAUUCGGUGGGGAAGGAAUUGUGUCGAUAAAGAGCGACGUGUAUAGUUUUGGUAUUCUACUAAUGGAAGUUUUCACGAGAAGGAAACCCACAGAAGAAUCAUUUGACGGGGGAAGGAACAUGAAGCAAUGGGUUACUACAUUACUACCUACGAGAGUGACUGAGCUUGCCGAUGCAAAUUUGUUGACGGAUGAAACAAGAAUACACCUCACGACUAAAGUCGAUUGCAUAUCAUCAAUUAUGAAACUCGCAUUAACAUGUUGCAUAGACACACCUGAAGACAGGAUGGACAUUAGUGAUGUGCUUUCCAAUCUUAAGAAGAUAAAGUUACAAAUCUCAAAGCCGAGACGCUUGGCUUGCGAAUUUAAAUAG